AUGGCGUAUAAUUCAGUUGGAGAUAUAAAAAGUUUACCGAGAAAUAUACCUUAUGUUCGUCAACAGUUUUUAGCAUUAUUAGGAAAUACAAGUACUCCAGUGAAAUGUAUAUGUGUAGUGAUAUUUUUCAGUUACUUUUUAUCAUUUUCCGAGGCGGCCAUAAAAGCUGUCAGCGUGACACCGGGUUACAUGCUCCCAUCAUCCUUGUUUUGCUUGUGGACUCCGUUCACGUUUUGCUUUUUAGAAAUACAUUUUUGGGAAGUGUGUGUCGAUAUAGUAACUGUUGGAUUGUGCGGUAAAUUAAUUGAACCCUUAUGGGGUCAAAUGGAAAUGUUGAUUUUCUUCGCAGUUGUGAAUUUAGGUGUUGCAGUUUUGAGUACUUCUUAUUAUAUUCUCUUAUAUUAUUUAACGUAUCGUACUUCAUUUUUAUUCGGUGUUCACGUUCACGGCCUUGCGGGUUAUAUCGCUGGAGUUUGUGUUGCUGUCAAACAAAUAAUGCCUGAUCAUUUGAUAUUAAAAACACCGUUAGGAAAAUUUUCAAAUAGAAAUAUACCUUUGACUGUUCAACUAGUCUCAGUUUUACUUUGGGCGAUAGGACUCUUGGAUAGUGAUCAUCCUAUUAUGUUUGGUUCUGGACUUUUUGUCAGUUGGAUUUAUUUAAGGUUUUAUCAAAGGCAUAGCAAUGGAACUAAAGGAGACAUGGCUGAUAAUUUUACUUUUGCAAGUUUCUUUCCCAAUGUUUUACAACCUCCAAUGGCCGUAGUAGGAAACAGUGUUUACAAAAUACUUGUAAAAGCAAGAAUAUGUAGAAGAACUGUCAAACAAGUUAGCGUAGCUGUUGCUCCAACAGGAGUAACAGUUUCUCUUCCAGGGCUGGACCCUCACGAUAUGGAAAGACGAAGACAAAAGGCAUUAAAAGCUCUUAAUGAAAGAUUAGGUAAAGUAGAAGGUUCAAAACAUGCGACAAAUUUAACACCGAGCAUAGCGAUUAACAUUCCAGUAAGUAUGUCUGGACACAGAACAGAGUCUUCGGUACUUACUCAAGGAAACAUAACAUGA